UUUUUGUGUCGUGUGUCUUCCAGCCGUUCACCACCCAGGAGAUCAUUGGCAUCGUCAUCGGUUCGGUGUCCUCCAUCUUCUACCUCGGCUCCCGCCUGCCGCAGAUCGUCACCAACUUUCGGAGACGGUCCACAGAGGGUUUGGCUCUCUCUCUCUUCUGUAUGAUAAUUUUAGGUAACUUGACCUACGGCCUCAGCAUCCUCCUGAAGAACCCGGACAAGGGGCAGUCAGAAGUCGAUUACGUCAAUCACCACCUGCCUUGGCUGAUCGGCAGUCUUGGGGUCAUGAGCAUGGACUGCAUUAUUAUCACCCAGUUUUGCGUGUUUGGUGCGAAGCGGUCAGAAGCCGGUGAUCCUGGAGAAAGGGAACCCCUUCUGCAUGCCGACGGGAGGGCUGCGCACAAUGCCAAAUGAGGACCACCGCUGCUCAUCAUGGUACUUCUGGCCGAACCAUCUCCCCAAUCAAGGCGACCACUGUGGCUCCUUUUCGUGGACAGCCGAAGGUUCGGCACAGGCCGCGUAGCCAAAUUUCUGGACAGCCAUACCUCGUUGACACUGCCGCCGAGGCUGUAGUGUAAUGAUUUAAAA